AUGUCUUUUGGCGAGUCUUCUGAGAGUGAAAAUCCGUCUACAUCUGAAUUACUGAAUGACGGAAAGCAAUCACAAGGCACAACGAAAGCUUGCGCUGGGGCAAGUUCAACCGACAAGAAGCCAGCUCAACAGUCGGUGGCUGUAGAAGACGCACUUGUACUGGCCAAUGCCAUUGGGAAACUGAAGAUCAAGUCAAGUGAACUAUUCGAGUUGGCUAAAAAUCCUUUGAAAAGGCCGGCGAAGAAGCAACACGAGUAUUUCAUAACGCAGCGCUGAGUACGGAAGAGAGAAUUUUAGCGAGUAAAGUACGCAUCGCAAGCGGAAUACUGGAACAUUUGGACCGCCCGGAAGUCGCGGCAACGGACUGUUUACAGUACGUACGAGAAUUGCAUGAUAUGCCAGCUAUAAAGGAAAUAUUUUCAGUGCACGUUGGAACAGGAAUAAAAUCAUGGUUCAAAUCAGGUUUCAAGAAAAACUCACGAGCGGAAAUCGUGGAAACCGUAACGAUGAUCAAUUUGAUCUUGGCUGAUUUUACCUCGAAGUUUACAAAGCGAAGAAUGGCUGUUUUUGAUUGGCCAAUGAUAGAAUGUGGUAAACGAGUUGUCCAUCCAAUUCAUUUCAAGAACGAGAGUGCACCAAAUGUGAAAGAAAUGCAAAUAACACCACCUUGGGACACUGUAGUAUCUGACAAUGAUAUGUUAACCGGUGCAUCAAACGAAGGCAUCAGUGUUCAAAAAACACUUGUGUUAACCACAGAAGGAGAUCUCAUUUAUUUUACAGAUGACAGACGUAGUGUUCAAAAACUCGACACAACGACAGGUAAGCUGCAGCCGUACUGUCUUUCUCCUUUGGAAGACAACACUGAACAUUCUCAGCCCAGCGGUGUAUUCAUUGGUAUAGCUAUCGAUGAUAACGACACCGUGUACGUUCUGUCGCGUGACGACAAAGAUGGAAUUGAAAGUGAAUUGAAUUAUAUAAUUACUGUGUACAUCAUUGACUAG